UUUUAAAUAAUGAAAUGAAAAAGAUUUCAUUUAAAUAAAAUCCAAACGAAACAAAAUGCUGUAUAAAAGUUAUCAUAUAAUAUGCCAAAGAGGUUGAGUUUCUGUAAAGCUUGGUAAAAAUGAAGUUCGCUUCUCAGUUCUGGCCCAGAGUGUGGCAUUCUCAGCUUAAGAACCGCGGGUUGCAUGUUCCACCAGUCGAAACGAAAAGAUUGAACGACCAAUUGAGAGACAAACUUGAGCACUCCCAAGAGUUGAUAAAACGUGCAAUGAAUGUGUACAAGCCAAAUGAGAUGAUGCUGUGCUUUAAUGGUGGCAAGGAUUGCACGGUCUUGUUGGAUAUUUUGGCCAAAAUUAAGCCACCAUCGGUGCCACUGAGAGCAGUGUAUGUAAAGUCUGCGGAUCCCUUCGAGGAGCUGGAGAAGUUCGUCGAUGACUGUGCUCAGAGGUAUGGAUUACAAAUGCUGCGCUACGAAGGAGUCCUCAAACUGGCCUUCGAGCAGUUGGUAACCGAGGAUCCCCAGGUGCGGGCCAUGUUCCUCGGCUGCCGUCGCAGUGAUCCCGGGGGCUCCAAUCUCCACGAGAUGCUUCCCUGCGACAACGGUUGGCCAGCGAUGAUGCGGAUUUUUCCCCUGCUCCAUUGGAGCUACCAUGACAUUUGGAGCUAUUUGCGGUCCAACAAUGUGCCCUACUGCUGCCUCUACGACCAGGGAUACACUUCUCUGGGAGACCGCAGUUCAACGCGCCUGAAUCCCAGUCUGCUGGUCUACAACCAGCAGCUUGGCAAGAUGACCUACCGGGCGGCCCACGAACUGGAGGACAUCCGCCUCGAGAGGGCCAACAGGGAUGAGCAAGGCCAGGCGACGGUGGGCGAGUCCAAGCAAUAAUAUUCACCCACAGUCCAGGUCAAGCUCAAAGUUUCUUGCACUGCUCUUGACUUGCUUUCUUCUCUUUUUUCCCCAACCCAAUGUGAGCAGAAGUGGAGCAGCAAGUGUCAGCUAACUGGGGCGACAAUUCGCUGUCAAGACCCCAUUUCAGUUGCCCACAUUUCGCUUAUCAAACAAUUUCAAAAACUUUAACAACCGGCCUGGCUUAUUAUAAAAGUUCGACUUGCGUAUAAGAGAAAAAAUGGUGAAAGUUACAGAAAUUAGGUGAAAUAUGCGAAAGCUAUUCGGGCCAAAAGCUCAGGAGCCACGUUUUAAAUUCUUUGAUUAAAAAUAAUGUAAUAUUUAUUUAAGAAGCUGAAAAUUCGUAUUUAUAUAUUUAACGUUAUUAAUAGUUAAUAAAAAUGUUAAAUAUAUUUUAACAUA